UUGCAGUGGGAGUUGCGACUCUUCUCUGUCCUGCGAUAGCAGCUGCUGCGAAAAUGUUGGUGCGGGACUCUUGGAAAGUCCCCUGUUUGGCGUCUGCCUCAAAUUGGAAGGGAGCAGAUUCUCUGUGGAGCCAUUGAGCGUCCAUGCUCGUUUUCAUCCGCUAAUCACCUUUAUUGCGCUCAGUGUCGCCUUGCUGAUCAGAGAAGGAGUUGCGGGUGGCAUCGACUGGUUUCUCGGAGUGGGAUCAAAUGGUAUAUCAAAAGGGUCUUGAACGCCAAAGUCUAUGUCCAUCGGCACGUCAAGCUCGUUAUUGCGAAACGGAUCGUCAAUCAUCAUGCCACUAUCUCGCAGUCGACUCUCGUUCGUUCGAUUUGAUAAAAAAGGACGCACUUCAGUUGAUCGGGAAGAGUGCCCCAGCCUUCUCCCAAUUCUUU